UCGUUUUAUUUAUUUAAGUCAAACGUAUAGUAGAGGUUUCGGCUUGGCGAGCCCGGAUUAGUUGUUAACUCGCCGUCUUGAAAUGACCUUCUCGGUCUCCCGCGAAACGCCAUUUCCACGCCGAUUUUCUCAAUCGAAUCGCCGAACGAUCUGUUAGUUACGAAUCGCGCCUUCUUCUAACCCAAUUACCUUUCUGUUGACCCAAGUGGCGCUAAAUUUAGUCGUCGCAGUUCGAAUUUCGUAAGGUGUGUGUGUGUGUCCGUUUUGCAACUUUCAAGGCGAGAGAACAUUUCGUCGGUGCGGGUGUAAAUCGAGUUUUCUCAUCGGGAGUAAUGAGCAAAAACUUCGGAUCACCGCCGCCUUACGGCCCCCCGCAGGCGGCCCCGCCGAGCUAUGCCCAGGCCAUCGGGGGAGUACCGCCCUCCAGUCCAUACGUACCAAAUCACGCUCUAGUCACAAAAGGACCGUCAGAAAUCGUGACGACGGUGGUUCCGGUGGGACCGAAUCCAACGCACAUGAUAUGUCCACAUUGCCAGGCUGAAAUAUACACCACGACAAAGACGGCUCCUGCGAACGUUUGCCUCGCUUUAUUAGGAUGCUGCCUUAUCCCUUGUUGUAUGGAUAAAUGUUUAAACGUGUCCCAUUCCUGUCCCAAUUGUAAUAAUUACAUUGGAACAUACAAACGAUAAAAAAUUGUAACAUACAUAUAAUGAACCUGGAGUAUUUCGACUCACUUGAUUUAGCUGAAUGAUGGAUUUUGGAGAAAGAGCGAUAUUUUUAUUAAUUAGGAAUUAACAUAAUUCGUUUCAGGCUGUCAGUGAAUUUGAGAACGCUUGUACAAAGGAUUGGAAUAUUUUAGCAUUUAUAUUUAAUGAAGUAACCUGUUGGAAAAGAUCUGCAAUUCUAAUUUUUCAAUAGCACGCAUACUUAAUGUUAAAUCAUCUGAUUUAAUUAAAUCAUUUUAAUUUUGCAAAAUCAUAAAUUGCGCGUAUAUGUUGUUGAAGAUAAACCGAAUGUGUUCUUAUAUUUUUUAUUUUACCUACACCUUUGGAUAUUUUUGUAGGUAGAAACAAUAAUAAUUGUAUUUGUGCCUAUUAUUAAAUAUGACUUUAAUAAUUACUUAAAAUUAUAGGUAGUUAAAAAGAUUGUAUAAUUAGUUGCACCUUUGUUAAUAUUUUUGUAUUACUUUACUAAUCUUUUAAAAUAGUAUCCAAUUAAACGUGUUAAAAGAGUAUUUAACUAGUGUACUUAUCUAGUGUAUAACUAAUAAAUAA